CAACAGCGGCGGAGGAGGAGAGAGGAAGAGGCUGCCCUGGCACAGAGGACCUGAGCCUGGCACAGGCUCCUCCAGGUCCCCGGGGUGCUGAGUGGCGCCCAGUAUGGGUGAGCGCCAGGCUCGCGCCAACAGCCUGUUCCUGAACGAGGAGGAGUCCAAGGCGCUGGGGCCGGGGGGCGGCCGGGCGCAGCGCCUCCGCCAUGCCCUCCGGAAGCGGGCGGCCCGGGCGCAGGCCAGGAUGUACUCCGUCACCCGGGAGAGCGUCCGGAGCUGCCUGCAGAGGAACGCCUUCGUCCUGCUCACCGUCACAGCCGUCCUUCUGGGGAUCACCUUGGCGCUGGCCCUGCGGCCCUACAAGUUGACCUUCCGCCAGGUGAAGUACUUCUCCUUCCCCGGGGAGCUGCUGAUGCGAAUGCUGCAGAUGCUGGUCUUGCCCCUCAUUGUCUCCAGCCUGAUCACAGGCAUGGCGUCGCUGGACGGCAGCGCCUCAGGGAAGAUGGGCCUCCGCGCCGUCGUCUAUUACACGAUGACCACCCUGAUAGCCGUCUUCAUCGGCAUCUUCAUGGUCCUGGUCAUCCACCCCGGGAAAGGCAGCAAGGACACCCUACACCGCGAGGGAACCGUCGAACAGGUCCACACCACCGACGCCUUCCUGGACCUCGUCCGGAAUAUGUUCCCCCCAAACCUGGUGGAGGCCUGCUUCAGACAGUACAAGACCCAGUACAGCGUCAGAGUCGUCAACCAGACCCUGGCCAGGGGAGCCCCCACCGCCGCCCCCCAGGCCUUGCCCCACAACAGUAACAGCAGCACCGGGCCCCCCACCACCGCCACCCUGGCCUCGCCCCCCUUGCUGCUGCUGCCGCCCGCGGCGCCUGAGAACGCCACCAGCAUGUGGCGCAACGUCUCCCAGGCGCUGGGCGCCCUCCCGGAGGUGCUGAGCUACGAGGAGGUGGUCCCGGGCGCCGGGUCGGUCAACGGGGUCAACGCCCUGGGCCUGGUGGUCUUCUCCAUCUGCUUCGGCCUGGUCAUCGGGAACAUGAAGCAGAGGGGGCUGCCCCUGCGGGAGUUUUUCGACUGCCUCAACGAGGCCAUCCUCCGCAUGGUGGCCAUCAUCAUCUGGUACGCCCCCGUUGGGAUCCUCUUCCUGAUUGCGGGCAAGAUCCUAGAGAUGGACGACCUGGCGGUGAUGGGGGGCCAGCUGGGCAUGUACACCCUGACGGUCAUCGUGGGGCUGCUGGUCCACGGCCUCGUCGUCCUGCCGCUCAUCUACUUCGCCGUCACCCGCAAGAACCCCUGGCGCUUCAUCGCCGGGCUCCUGCAGGCCCUCGUCACCGCGUUCGGGACGUCCUCCAGCUCGGCCACGCUCCCCGUCACGUUCCGGUGCCUGGAGGAGAACAACGGGGUCGACAAGAGGGUGACGCGCUUCGUCCUGCCGGUCGGCGCCACCAUCAACAUGGACGGCACGGCGCUCUACGAGGCGCUGGCCGCCAUCUUCAUCGCGCAGGUCAACAACUACGAGCUGGACUUUGGGCAGAUCCUCACGAUCAGCAUCACCGCCACGGCCGCCAGCAUCGGGGCGGCCGGCAUCCCUCAGGCGGGUCUGGUGACCAUGGUGAUCGUCCUGACGUCCGUGGGGCUGCCGACCGAAGACAUCACCUUGAUCAUGGCAGUUGACUGGUUCCUAGACCGCCUGCGGACCACCAUCAACGUCCUGGGCGACUCGCUGGGUGCGGGCGUGGUGGAACACUUGUCCCGCCACGAGCUGGAGCUGCCGGACGCCGACCUGGGGGGCGACUCGGGGGCCGAGGAGAACGAAAAGCCGUACCACUUGAUCUACCCAGAGAACGACACCCACAAGCAUCUCAGCGGCGAGACCUCAAUGUGAUGACGCCCAGGAGGGGACAGCGGGCGGGCAGGGGGAAGGGGCCAGCGGAUCGGAGCCAUCGACCGACUGUGAAAAGCCGAGGAGAGGCGCAGCCGCCGUCUGUAUCCCCUUCCCCAAAUCCUCGGGUCUUCCUCCUUUUCCCAUAUUCUGAUACGUUACAGGCCAAAAAAACGAGAGCAGGCAGCAACGAAUCUCUUAACGGUGACAAUUUCGCACGGAAGGAUCAGGAUUUGAACUCGCGCCCUCUCUCCGCCACAGCGCCAGGGAGGCUCCCCUGUUUUUUAUUUCGAUUGUGGGGGUUUCCACGUUAUUUAAAUCCGGUGCCAAUAUUCCUUUUUGUGUGUCUCCCCCCCCCCCC